AUGCUAAACCGGGGAAAAAAAAACGACGCUCUAAAUUUUAGCGGGACCGCCAACUGUUGUCAUAAACCCUCGAAAGCUUUCAUUUUUCAUCUCUGAGCUCAAAACGGACACCCAUGAAAAGAGUUCACAUAGAUCGAAUAUGGCUGACGCCGCUAAUCGUAGUUACUUCAUUCUCUAUAAUUUUGCUGAUCACCGUCACGAUAGGUCACGGCAAAUCUUCUUCUACUACAGACGCUGUCGGACUCGGUGACGGGCCGAAACUGAAAGAAUCGGUCUUGGAACGAAAUAUCGGGGGAGAAUUAGGGCUUCCGGAACUGCCGAGGUUAGCGUACCUGAUAUUCGGCACCAGAGGGGACGGUCCACGGAUCCGGCGAGUUCUUCAGGCUGUGUAUCACCCAAGGAAUUACUAUCUGCUGCAUCUCGAUCUGGAAGCGUCAGACGGGGAGAGACUUGAGCUGGCAAAGUACGUAAAAUCAGAGCCUGUGAUGAGGCAGUUUCGGAAUGUCAUGGUGGUUGGCAACGCCGAUCUGGUCACCUACAGGGGCCCAACCGUGAUUGCAUCCACGCUUCACUCAAUAGCGGUGUUACUGAAGCGAGCCAAGGAUUGGGACUGGUUUAUUAACUUAAGCGCAUCGGAUUAUCCACUUUUGCCACAAGACGAUAUAUUGCAUAUUUUCUCAUAUUUGCCUAGGGAGCUGAACUUUCUUGAGCACACAAGCAGUAUUGGUUGGAAGGAGUUCCAAAGAGCAAGGCCAAUUAUUAUAGAUCCGGGCUUGUAUCAUUCUAAGAAAUCUGGUGUUUUUUGGGCCAAAGAGAGGAGGGCUGUGCCUUUUUCUUUCAAGAUAUUUAUGGGGUCCGAAUGGGUGACACUAACAAGGUCGUUUCUUGAAUUUUGUUUGUGGGGAUGGGAUAAUCUUCCUCGAACUCUUCUUAUGUAUUAUACAAACUUCCUGUCAUCUUCUGAGGGCUAUUUCCACACCGUAGUCUGCAAUCACAAAGACUACCAAAACACGACAGUAAACCAUGACCUGCAUUAUGUAGCGUGGGAUAAACCACCGAAACAAAAUCCGGCAAACCUAACGUUGGAAAACUUUGAUGAUAUGGUUCAAAGUGGAGCGCCUUUUGCUCAUGAAUUUGCAAAGGAUGAUCCUGUUCUCAAUAAAAUUGAUAAAGACCUAUUGAAAAGAUCAGAUGGGCGAUUAACUCCUGGGGGCUGGUGCACAGGGAGCACGUCAGGUAAUAAUGAUCCAUGUGUAUUUUAUGGAAGUAAAGAUAUUGUUAAACCGACUUUGAAUUCAAAGAGGCUAGAGAAACUCAUGGUGAAACUUUUGGAUUCUGAGAAUUUCAGGUCUAAACAGUGUAAAUAGUUCUGGAAUGUGUCAUUUUUUUCUUCUACAAACUUUUUUUUUCCCGUCAUCAUCUCCUUUCUCCCAUGGUAGAUUAUUAUUUACAGUUAAACCAUCUGAAUUCUGAAUAUCUGAUAGUAGUAUAGUACACAUUUUUUAUGA